UACUCCGAAUCAAUACUGUCCAGCGUGAAGACAACGCCUGUAAAAAAGGUAAAAUCGAAGAGGAAGCGUAUAAGCGACGUGAGGAAUCAGGAAAUCAUUACCUAUAUAAACUGAAACCAGAGAUCCUCUUCGCCUCAUUCUCUCCACAAACCCUAAAGCUUUUAUAAUUUCAGUUUCUCAAAAUCGGAAUCGUUUGCUUUAUUUGAAGAUCAAGAAUGAAGAUUGGUGUUUCUGAGCCAGAGCGUUGCGGUUGCGACACGUGUGUCCAGCAUCGCACUUUCAUUACUCAAGAAACCGAACCGAGCAAAGUGAAUGGCUCAUCGGUUCCUGUUAGUUCCGGACCAGUUGAAGCUCUUGGUUCCACCUCAGAUCAGAGUUCCGGAACAGAGACUCCACCACUCGCUCCUCCUCCUCCUCCUCCUGUCACCACAUCGGUUAAUCCUGAACCGGCGCAGUCUGUUGAUGAUGCUCAUGGCGAUGCAUCCUCGAAAUCAUCUCCAGUUCAAACUUCUUCACCACCAACAACCAUAUUCAGUUUCCCUCCUGUUAGUUCCCAACCAGCGCGAGAUCUUGUUCCCACCGGUUCAUUGCCAGGUCCUUCUAUUGGUUGUUCAUUGCCAGGUCCUUUUAUUGGUUUUCCAUCUCCCUUUCCUACUUCCGGACCAUCUAUAUCCUCCUCGUCAUGCCAAGCUUUUGUCACCAACCUUGUCGGUUCCAGACUAUCUAGAUGGGGACCACCAGUGCAAGCUCCUCCUUUUUAGUUCAACCGCUUCCACAUCCUCAACUUGGGGAUCAGUGCAAGCUCCUGUCCAAGCUAGUGCACCCAACACUGCUUCUGCUUUUCCUCCACCGUUUAGCUACCCUGGUGCUGGUUGUUUAGCCAGACCUAAUGUUGGUCUCUCUCAAAUCGUUUCUUCACCGUUUGUGCCAACGCACGACUUUGGAGUUUGCGCUUCAAGGACUACCCCAAAAGAUCCUUUCCCAGGAUUUAGUGUUGAUUACUUGCCCAGAGGUCCCUCUGGACCACACCCACAAACUACUACACCAGUGUCUGGUGGUGGAACUGAACAAGGUUGUAGGUAUCCUCGUUAUUCACCUACACCAGAUUUUGACUCUUCUGGAGGUCCAGCCAAGCUUGUGAUGUCCAUAUCUGCUUCCAACUCACAUGGACAUAAAAGUCAUGAAGAGUUGAGGU